AUGGCGCAAGACGGCCAUCUACUGCAGCGACCACUCUACGUUUUCGAUUUGCCCGAAGAGCUCCUGGCCACCCUCACACUCAAGGACCAGCACGAACAGUCGCUCCCAGAAACCCCCCCUCAAGACCCAAACACCGCGAACAAAUCUUCCGACAACGACUCCACCCCGGCGAAAGCGACCUCAUGCAACCUCUGCGGCCUCAACUUCGCGUCCCUCACCGAUCAGCGCAGUCAUGUUCGAUCUGACCUCCAUGGCUACAACUUGAAACAGAAGAUAAAGGGCGCUAAGCCAGUGAGUGAGGCCGAGUUUGAGAAGCUCAUUGGAGACCUGGAUGAGAGUAUAUCGGGCUCCGAGUCAUCAGAAUCGGACGAAGAAGAAGACGAUGGCGACGGCAAGGCGAAAGACUCUACCCUCAGUGCGCUUUUGAAGAAGCAAGCUCAUAUCACAGAUCCCGGGUUCGAUGUUGCCUCAUCCAAGAAGCAGAGUGGCCCUGGAAAGCCUCCGUUGAUUUGGUUCACAUCGCCCGCACUGCCGGACAACACAUCGCUGGGUAUAUACCGCGCCAUAUUUUCGAAUGCGGAGCAAGAAGAGGAGUCGCACAUUCUAGAGACCAUCCGGAGCAAGCAGCUGUCCCCGAAGCAACCUCCAAAGAUCAAGGCGAACGAGGGUGGUGUUCCACUGCCCAACACGGAUAUUGGGCCACACUACUUUCUGUGUAUGAUUGGUGGUGGGCAUUUUGCAGCUAUGAUUGUAGCGUUAGCACCCAAAAUAGGAAAGAGACACAACGGAGUAGACGAGCGGUCAGCCACGGUCAUCGCUCACAAGACUUUCCACCGAUACACCACCAGAAGGAAACAGGGAGGUUCACAAUCUGCCAACGACAACGCCAAGGGGAAUGCCCACUCCGCCGGUUCCUCGAUACGUCGCUACAACGAGACCGCACUCGUCAACGAAGUACGCGAACUGCUGAACAGCUGGAAGAGUAUGAUUGAUACUGCGGAGCUCAUAUUCGUUCGCGCUACCGGUGCAACCAAUCGAAGGACGCUUUUUGGUCCUUACGAAGGACAAGUGCUGCGAAGCAAUGACCCGCGUAACAGAGGUUUCCCGUUCAGUACACGCCGAGCGACUCAAAAAGAGCUCAUGCGUGCUUUUGUUGAGCUAACUCGGGUGAAGCAAAGCACUGUUGAUGAGGCAGCACUUGCUGCCCUGAACGCUUCUCAGAAAGAAGCUCCAAUCACAGCUCCAGCUCCGGCAAAGCCCAAACCCAAGAAGCCAACGAAAGAGGAAGAGGCCGUCUCCUUACACACAUCGCAGAUUAUACCAAUGAUCAAACGCUCCAAAGUACCUGCGCUCCUAAACUACCUCAAGACCAACAACAUCCCACCAACAUUCACAUUCCUGCCUGCCAAUUACCACACGCCGACUCCCCUGCACCUUGCGGCAUCCCUCAACUCAGUUCCCAUUGUCAUUGCCCUUCUCACAAAAGCGGGCGCAGACCCGACAUUGAUGAAUGACGAAGCUCGGACACCAUUCUCACUGGCGGGUGAUCGUGCGACAAGGGAUGCAUUUCGCGUUGCACGUUCCGAACUCGGCGAGUCUGCAUGGGACUGGGAGAAAGCAGGCGUUCCAGCAGCCAUGACCAAAGCUGAGGCUGACAAGCGAGAUGCGCAGGAAAAGAACGAGAAGGCUGCAGAAAGUAAGGCCGAGGCUGAUCGUAGGAAAGCAGAGACAGAGCGGGUGCGUAAGGAGAGCGAGGCAGAAGAGGUGAGGAGAAAGGAGCAACGACUGGGCAAAGGCAAGGCUUUGGGCGCGUUACCUGUCAAGACUGGCGCCGACCUGAGAGAAGAAGAGAUGAGGGGAUUGACACCAGAGGCGAGGGCAAGGAUGGAGAGGGAAAGAAGGGCAAGAGCAGCUGAGGAAAGAUUAAGGCGAAUGCAGGGCUGA